AUGUCUCAACUUGCCCCAACAAUACCUUCCUUCACCGACCUCGGCGCUACUCGCCAAGAAACAACCACCACCGAAAAAAUACCCAUGGUCGUCAGUCAGCGACACAAACCCGCCACGUCAAAAAAGAGGACUUCCAAGCAAGAAGACUCCGACGACUAUGAAGGGAACUUAAAUGAACCGGUGGCUUACCGUCCGCACCUCGUAACCAAUACGAAAAUCAGGAGGACGAAAUACUCUACUUCCCUGGAUUCUCGUGGUUACAUUCCUGGUAAGUACUUCUUUGCGACUUUGCUGCGCUCACCUCGAGAAUGUCCGGAAAAAAUUCUUGAACAACUACUAACAUUCGACCCUCCCCUCUCACUUACCCACCGAACUCCCACCAUGUCUCCCCCAGUAUAUGAAUUCACCAUCAAUGAACAACCGAUAAUGUGGGAUCGAGAAAAUGGCUAUGUCCAUUUCACAGGAAUCUGGAAAGCCCUCGGGAAUAAUAAAGCCGACAUCGCCAGACUAGUGGACACACACCCCGAUCUGGCCUCGACAAUCAAGAAAGUCAGAGGAGGAUUUCUGAAAAUCCAAGGAACCUGGAUGCCUCAUGACAAAGCACAUGAGCUUUGCCGCCGGACGUGUUAUCAUGUUCGUGAGGAGCUAAUACCUUUAUUUGGACCAUCUUUUCCCUCGCAAGCUUUGGAUCCGACGCAACCGGGGUUCGGUCGACUUACUCUCUCUGAUUCAGUACCAACGAAGAAAAGGCAAAGGCGUAAGCCCAAAGAAACGCGUGUAAUGGACAACAUGCCUCCCACAAGUAAAGGGAAGACCAAGGCUAUCAACAUGUUGGCGUCUCCGAUGGAAGAAAUCAGCGAGAAUUCUCACGACGUCAUAAUGCAGGAGGUUCAAGGAGAUGACGGUCGCCCUUUCGAUCAUUACCAUCAAAACGUGGAUGGCCAAGACCCCGAGAAUAAUCAUCGUCAUUUGGUGAUCUUCCGUAAACAAAAACGCCCCAUCGAAGACACUCGUCAUAUUGAAGAGAUGGUUGCGGAUGGGAAGAUGUCCAAACGGAGGAGACAAAAUUCGCCGGAGAAUGGUAGCCUCGGCGACGAUGAGAAUUCCUCUACCGAUGGGGAGUACACCAAUUCGCGAAUUAGUCGCCGUGGAUCAGAUUCCGCAUAUUCCAGUUCCUCACAACGUUGCGAUCAACAUCACCAAUUUUCACCUGUCGACAAGUUAGCGGAAAGUCAAUGCGAAUAUCAACAUUCACCCUAUUUCCGUCCCUCCCCUAUCCUCCCCGAUUCUCCAGUCAGCAAUCAGGCAUCGACGCUUAACGCCUACACACCAUAUCCUCCCCCCACCAUACAUCCUUCACCUCUUCAUCAACCCCCCUCACCUCUGACCGAACAUGAUCUCUACGAAGCAAUUAAUGCUACCGUUGCAUUGCAACAAUUAUCGCAAGAUAAUGGCACCCGCCCUUUACAAAAAGAUCAAAUAUCAAAUGCAUGGCCUAGAAAUUUUAUCAUGGGAAAUCGGGAAUUCCAAUUUAUCGGAUGUCGAUAUCGUGUUGUUCGCUAUUGGUAA